AUGUCGAUUUUGGUCUACGAUCGCGAGCACAACUUCAAAAAGUGGUACAUCUAUUGGAUUCCCAAGACCAAGACUCUUGGCGUAAAAGACGGCAAAGACGUCGUCUACGAGAAGAUGGUCACACUCACCGAGCGUACCGAACUUCUGAAAGUCAGCAAGUCGCUUGUCGAGGAGAAAUGGGCGGCGCUUUUCUCGGAAUGCGGUUUGCAUAUCGAGGAAGUUUGCGAUAAAGAGCUCGUGCUCACUUUCGCUCUUCAACGAAAUAUCACUUUGGAGCGUACUGAACUAUCGGGAAAUUUCGAUGAAUGCCUUUAUUUGGAGUAUUUGCGCCUAAAAACACUCACCAACGUCUCACCAAUGAAAAGAAAGCGUACCGCUUCAUCUGUCGAUCAUCUGAAGCCAGAAGACGUCAAACCGAUGCUCGUCCCAAAAAUCGAUCCGGUCAAGAAACGAACCGCCCGUUUGACGGCGAAAGCCACCGGGCCAGAAUUCGAUGAUGACGACGAAUAA